AUGGCAGCAGUCGCGGGACCGGUCGCGAAACGCUCGCCGCAAGACCUCGUUGAAGCUCGAGAAGCAAAAAGACGAAUUACAGAAGCAACGGAGAAAUAUGGACGCGGAAAGGCUGUGCAAGUCAAAAAGAUCAGAGACAAAAAGCUCCGAGGAAACCUAAAGGCCGUCGAAGACCGAUACAAAACAGCGGCCCUGCGCGCAAAGGAUGCAGAAAUUCUCCUCGAGAACGAGUCCGGAUUCCUAGAGCCCGAGGCGGAACUUGAACGGACAUACAAAGUGAGACAGGAUGAGAUUAGGGAAAACGUUGGAAUUGAAGUCGCCAAGAAAGGAUUUGAAUUGAAAUUGGAGGAACUUGGACCAUAUCGUGCAGAUUAUACGCGAAGCGGCAAAAAUCUACUCUUGGCUGGAAGAAAAGGUCAUGUCGCAACGAUGGACUGGCGAGCCGGAAAGCUGGGAUGCGAGUUACAACUUGGAGAAACAGUUCGAGAUGCGAAAUGGUUGCACAAUAAUCAAUUCUUUGCUGUGGCUCAGAAGAAAAACGUCUAUAUUUACGAUCAUGCCGGUGUUGAACUGCAUUGUCUCAACAAACACGUCGAAGCUAAAUAUCUCGAAUUUUUGCCCUACCACUUCCUUUUAGCUAGCGCUGCAAACAGCGGUUUCCUCAAAUAUACAGACACUUCCACAGGCCAGCUAGUUGCCGAACUACCCACCCGAUUAGGAUCCCCAACGGCACUAUGCCAAAACCCCUGGAAUGCGAUCCUUCAUGUCGGCCACCAAAACGGUACCGUUACUCUAUGGUCACCUAAUUCACAAACCGCCCUGGUCAAAGCUCUUGUACACCGAGGUCCGGUACGAUCAAUGGCCAUUGAUCGACUGGGUCGAUACAUGGUUUCCACUGGUCAAGACAUGAGAAUGAAUGUGUGGGAUAUUCGAAUGUUCAAGCCGGUUCAUUCGUACUCCUGUUACCAGCCUGGAUCAAGUGUUGCAAUCAGCGACCGUAAUCUCACGGCAGUUGGAUGGGGCACACAAGUUAGUGUCUGGAAGGGCCUUUUCGAUGCCGCAGCUAGCGAUGCUGGAAAAGUGCAAAGCCCUUAUAUGGCAUGGGGUGGUGAUGGACAACGCAUUGAAACUGUCAGAUGGUGUCCAUAUGAGGAUAUUCUAGGUGUCACCCAUGACAAGGGUUUCGCUAGUAUCAUUGUCCCCGGCGCUGGAGAAGCCAACUUUGAUGCCACGGAAGUCAACCCAUACGAAACAACCAAACAACGCCAGGAAGCUGAAGUCAAGGCUUUGUUGAACAAACUGCAGCCUGAAAUGAUUUCACUCGAUCCCAACCUUAUUGGUAAAAUCGAUUUGAUCAGCGACAAGAAACGACGAGAAGAGCGUGAAGAAGACAACAAACCAAAAGACGCCAUCGAGAAACUGAAGAAUCGGGGCCGUGGUCGUAACAGUGCGCUCAGGAAAUAUCUUCGAAAGAGAGGAAAGACAAACGUCAUUGACGAGAAGCGUCUCAAGGCUGAAGCGAUACAACGCGAACGCUCUGCUCAUCAGAACGAGACAUUGCAAAAACAGCGAGAGGAACUUGGCCCUGCGCUUGCCAGAUUUGCUUCCAAGAAGGAUUUAUAG